CGUUGCUCCUCACAAGACGGGCAUUGUUCCCUUCCCAGAUACGCCAUUGGCGUUCGGGUCCAGUCCGGCUUUACGGAGGCAGCGUAAGGGCUCAACGACAGGAGGAGGCUCUGUGUUAACGGGCGAGCCAUUCUUCAUCGCGCCUUACGCCCUUUGCGUCGGCGGGAGGAACGUUACUCUCCGCCUUUUGCGCCGGCGGCGUAGCGUGCUUCAAGAUGGCGUCGCGCUCGUCGUCGUCGGCGACGGUGGCGGUGUCCGGGGCGCUGGCGGGGACCUCGGCGGCGUGGGAGGAGCUGCGGAGGGGGUUGCGGAAGCGGCGGGCGGCGAGCGGCAUCUGAAGAGAGAGGCGAGGCGUCGAGGCCUUCCUUUCCCAGCUCUCCUCCUCCCUCCCUGCCUGCCUUCCUUCCUUCCUUCGGGUGGGUGGGCCUGGCCCCCCGCUCCCCUCACGGCGGAGGAUGAUGAAGCUCAAGUCCAACCAGACGCGCACCUACGACGGCGACGGGUACAAGAAGCGGGCCGCUUGCCUCUGCUUCCGCAACGAGAGCGAGGAAGAGGUGUUGUUAGUGAGCAGUAGUCGUCAUCCAGAUAGAUGGAUCGUUCCAGGAGGUGGUAUGGAGCCUGAAGAAGAGCCUAGCGUGGCUGCUGUACGGGAAGUUUGCGAAGAGGCUGGAGUGAAAGGGACAUUAGGAAGAUUAGUAGGAAUUUUUGAGAAUCCAGACAGGAAACACAGAACAUAUGUUUACGUACUCAUUGUCACAGAAGUAUUAGAAGAUUGGGAGGACUCUGUGAAUAUUGGAAGAAAAAGGGAAUGGUUUAAGAUAGAUGAUGCCAUAAAAGUUCUGCAGUACCACAAACCUGUGCAGGCCUCAUAUUUUGAAACCUUGAGGCAAGGCUAUUUGGCUAACAACGGCACUCCUGUUGUGACCACAUCAUUCUCAAAAGAUAGUGAACUCUCUGACAUCAGAUGAUUGAAGAUAUCCAUAUAAGAGAAAUAGAUGUGGAAAAGUAGACUGAAACCUGGAUUUCCCUUCCUCUCUCUCUUCUUGCCACUUUCACAUGCAUCCUCUGUCAAACAAGACAUGUCCAGCAGCCUUUGGCAGAGCAAUGUUUGAGUGUUGCAUUCUAGUGCAAAGUGGGGUUUUCUUGCUUUUACUUGGAUAUGUAUUUUGUAACCCAAAUCUUGUGCAUGAAGUGUUCCUUCCCCGUUUAACAACAUUUUGAUAGCUUGAAGAGCAAGGCUGCUAGCUUCACUCUUCUGAAAUGUUCCUCUCUGUGUUGUUCCAGCCAUAGCCAGAUUUUUAUCUUUUCAGUUUGAGAAGGCUACAAACGUGAGAGCAGAUCUUUUAAGUCUUAGAUUUUGUACAGUAAGUUGCUGUUGAGAUCUGUGUGGUGGCCACUUUCUCAGCGCAUGUGUGUAAUCUUUUUUAGGUGGAGAAACCUAACACUUUGAUUUUGGAGGAUUUAUUUUAAAAUUUAAGCUGCUUCUUAUAAAGAAGAGCUUCAUAAUCUUUGCCUUGUUUUUUAAAGGUUUUUUGUGACAGUGCUAGUGGCUGGGCCAGUUUGACUCCUUGUACCCCACUCCUUGAUCCAAAUUUAGUACUGUGACACUUGGAGGAGGCCAAGCAACAAUCACCUUUCAAGACAUCCUGUUGCUUCAUUCUUUCUACAGUUUCGGCCAAUAUGCCAUCACCGAAAAUGGACAGAAGCACAAGGAAUUGGUUACCUUUCACCAAUGGCAUAUGGCCUCAGAAAAUAGUUGAAUUCCAAUCUCUCUAUAUAGGAAUCAGGGAUUCAAAAUGAGUUUAAAAACAGGUGAACUGGAGCAUCGAGCACCAAUGCUUUCUUCUGGUGUGGUAUUCAUUUCCUUCCUGCUGUAUACUGCUGAUAUCUCUUCUUGUCCACAUGCCUUACACCAUACUGAACUGGAUGUUUUAAUUUGUGCUAAAGUGUUGGGUGUACCUUUGAGUGUCACUGCACCAAGAGGCAGUCACACUGUGCUCCUGAAAAGAAGUCCCAGGGGAAGACAUCAGGUGUCCAAUCUCUUCUCUUUGUCUCUGGCAUUGAAGCACUUGUAAAUGUACUGCAAAGCAUGCUCAGAAUGAUAGAUGUUAUUGCUCAGUGGCAAAGGUACAAUUGGCUCCAAAACAGAAAUGCUGUUAUGGAGAACCCUGUCAUUUAGCGGGAUCGUUAACCUGAUGCAUUGGCACAUGUCACAUUUUUGUUUCUAUUGUAUGUUUCAUGCUGUCUUGAUUUGCCAACAGUAUUGUCUAGUUGGGAGACUGUGGAGAGGGCUAUGGGGAGGGGGUGGGUCUGGGGAAGAUUUGGGGAGGGGCAUUAGUUACUCCCUGGCUUUGGACAAGAUCUAGUUGCUAUAUUUGGUGACUACUUCUUUGUCAGUGUAUAGCCAAGAUGUGAAAUUAAAUCUGCAGUUCUCUUUCUAACUAAUCAUUUUCUCUUUCCAUUAAACAACUAUCUGCAUAAAAUGUUCUAAAAUAGUCAUGCAGCCUGAAGAAGUAAAUUUGUAUACUUUCUGUUUUGGAAAGAUGCUGUGAAAUUUGAGAUUCAAUUUUAUUUUUUGCAUGAUUCCCUACUUUUAGUGAGCGAGAUAGCCUCUAUAUUAUGGGAUUACUAAUGCCACAAAGAAAUGCUGAAGUUUUCUAAGAAGUGGCUUAAACUUGAACAUCUACAACCAAUCUGGAAGUUUGCUAGGCCACUUCACUGUCCUUUGUCUUAACAAUCAAAAAUUAAAAAUUAACUGCAAAGGGCUUGGUUAGUGUCUUGAAAUAUAUAACAUGAUUUUUUAAAAACUAAAGUGUGUGUGGCACUUUCAAAUAUAGCAAACUUUUGUCUUUAGCAAAGUGUUCGAGUGUGUCAUGAAUAGAGAAGGACAUGAAACAUUGUUUCAAAGAAAACUGAAACCCCUGGAAGGGUGACUGCAGUUUUAAUAUCUAUAACCUGAACAUUUUUUAAGACUCUAGAUGUUUUAUAGGGCUCUUAAACGGACUACUUAGGAUAGAAUAUUGUAAAUGAUUUGCUAAUGGCUUUUCUUUUUUGUUUGGGUUAGGAAAAAUAAAUUGUGCCAAGAAAGUAGUUUAAUGUGGGAUGAAUUGAUGCUAUUUAUGUAACUGCAUUGAGUGGCUGUUUGCCUUCUAAACUGGAAAAAGAUGAUGAAGUUCCUGGGAUACAAAGGCUGGAUUUUUCAAUAGUGUAAUUUAACCCAGUCCUUGCUUCUGUUUACUAAACCCCACUCUUUCUCCUGCUUCUGAUACACAAUAGAGUUCACAGCUUUCCCAAUAUCUCAGGGUAUACUGUAAUAAAUGAGUCAGUAAACUACUUAGUAAUAUAAAUGAAAAUGUCAACAUACCAACUCACUUUUUCAGAGCAUGUCUAAAUACACUGGAAUGUCUGGCAUGGCAGACCAUUCAGCUAACAUAAGUAAUGGGGUGUUUUCAGUUUAAAUAUAAUCUAUUGCUAAGUGGGUAGAUGAAUCUUCAGUUCAGAGUUCAUAAGUCUUAAAUAUUCAGUAAAUUUAGAUUCAGCUGGACUUUACCAUAAAAUGAAAAUUUUGAGGUCUCAACAUAAGAACUCCUUUAUAUUUAAGUACUGUAAUCAAGAACUGCUGGCAAAGGCAGUAAUAUGUGCUUGGUAGUCAAUUUUUUCAUAUAACAAACUUUAGAUUUAAAUCAAGGCAGGACAUCCAAAUCCUGAAGAGUACACAUGUGUCCUUAACCUCCUCUGUGCAUCCCAUAGAACAUGGGAACCCUAACUUUCAUAUUUAUAUGUACAUUUCUAGUCCUUGAUUGCAAAAUAGAGGUUGAAUAUUUGAUUGAAAAAAAUGUGCUGAACUUGAGCAGGUUAUGAUUCAGACCAGGCAUGGGCAAACGUUAGAUCUCCAGGUGUUUUGGACUUCAAUUCCCAGGAAUCCCAGCCAGUUUAUCGGCUGUUAGAAAUUGUGGGGAUUGAAGUUCAAAACACUGGAGGACCAAAGUUUUCCCAUGCCUGAUUUAGACAAAUGCUGGUAUAGCAUAAGCAGUGUUGCAGGUUUGUUAGUAUAUACUUACAAUAAUAUGUAAGAAAUUCAGAGUUGGUGCUAGCGCUUAUCCCUCCUUUAGAUGAAGUCUUUUGCUUAGAUGGGUGUUUGUAUUUUCAGCCCUACAUAAAUAAGGGUUAACAAUGCUGCCUAAAACUCUUUUUGUUGGUGAAUUUGCACAUAACUGCUUGGUCAUCUUAGUGAAACUUAAAACACACAGCUAUGGACUAUUGCAGUAAUUUGUCCCAAGCAGAGCAGGACUUCUUAAUUCAAGACUAAUUGGGACUAAUGAUUGGAUUUAGCCCCCUAUGAAUGACAGGAUGUAGCCUCUGCAAAAUUUCCAAUAUGGAGAGAAAUGAAUUUUAUUUGCUUGGAGGACAAAACCAGUAACAGAUUCUCUGCAGUUAUAUCUGUCACCUUCUUGUGUAAAAUGCAGCUGAGAUUUUUCUAAUCCCUUCUGUGUUUCAGUGUCAUAGAUUUAGAAAAUGUGUGAUGUAGAGUAAAUAGAAUGUGUUGGAGUAUUUAGGCAUAUAUUAAUCUUGGGUUUAACCUUGAAUUAACUCCUGUUGGAUCUUUGGAAAGGGGUAAUCAUCUUUGUGAAUUUAGACUGGAGAUGCCUUCAUGAUUUUAGAUGCAGUAUAGCUCUUACCUUCCCAAAAACAUAUUUGUUAUUAGACAUCUUCUUUUAAUCAUGUUCCAAUUUCACCUGCCUCCUCCUAUUACCGAUUUAUUCUGUUAAAAGCCAGCCAAUUAAAAAAGAGUGCCAUCCUGUCCUUGCUAGGAUUUCUUCCCUCUCUACACACCACUUCCUCAACAGCACAUGAUUCAGUUUCAUGCCUAUGGGCAUCAGCAACCUGUUGGAAUGGAAGGUGAAGAGGCUUCUUAUGUGCUGCAAAGCCACCUAUUGUUCCAGGUCAUAUUUCUCCGAUGCAUGCUAGAUGGGGGGAGAAUAUCUACCUCUCUUCAUUAUGUUGCUUAACCAACUCUAAAAUCAGUGCCAUAAAAAGAAUGAUCCUGGGUAAGUUAGAAUAGCAAUGGAAAUGGAAUAGGAGAAAAUUCAGUUUAACAUUUGAGGCAGAGAAGAAGAGGGAAGGAAUAAUAAUACUUACCUCAUAAUUAAGGUGGGCAAUAUGAGUCACCGGAAGCUUGUGCUGCUGAGUUUGGAAGCAGAAACUCAGCAACAUCACUGCUUGCGACUGAGGUGUCCUUUUAAUUAAGAGAAUUGGUAAGACUUUAUUCAGACUCCUGCUAGGUUGCUAUCUAAAUUUGAUUGAGCUCUUCUUGAGCAUAAGAAUAAUUUUGUACUAGUGAACAUUUUCAGAACAUGUGUGUGAUGGUUACUCUGAAUUUGCCUGUUCUCUUAUGUAAAAAAUUCUCUUGAAGGGAGAUAACAUUUGAUUGUGCGCUGGGGAGGUGGCAGGGAGGAUGUGGGAAAAGAGAUGGUAGUGUUGUGGUUCUGAUUUACACUGGAGAGGUGUAUAUGUAUACUUUAAUCUCUGUAAUAAAGAAAAUGUUUUCGAGUAAAGUUUGAUACCUCUCAUGGCAACAAAUUUUAUUAGAACCAUGAGUAUAUCUUUCUCCUCCAGUGUGAUAAUGUACUCUGUAUGAAUGUAGAAUGUCUCCUUACAGCAUGACUGAUGUUUUUUUUUUUUUUUUUGGUCUGGCAAGUAAUGUGAGGGGGUAUUGAUUAAAUCUUAAUGUAAUUCUCAGCCACUCACAAAAGCAAAUUGUCUCCCUGAUUACUAUGCUCGUAAACGUCAUUGGUACUAUUUAAAUUCUAUUACAAUAUAGUAUUUUUCCAUAAUAGAAUUCUGGAAGGAUUUCAUUGAGAUUUUCAUGUAAUGGUUUCCAUUGUUGGAUCUCCAGAUCUUUCUGGACUCCAAGAAUCCCUUAUUAUUGGCCAUGCUGCUAGAAGCUUCGAAACCAGAGAUCCAACAUCACCUAGGACCCCAAGUUUUCAAAUCACUACUUCACUGUCUUUGGCCACUUCUUCAUGUAGAAGCUGCCUACACACUGCUUUUGGAUUGUUAACUUGAUGAGUAGCAUUACGGCUCCGUUAUGGCAACUAUCAAUUUUGUUCCUGCUGAAAAGGAGAAGUAGAAUGGUUCACAUUAUCUCUAUACAUGUCUGAAUUUAAUGGACCCAGAAUGCUGCCAGAAUCCAUCUGUCUCAAGUUUUCUGCACCGUUUCAUAUUUCCUCAUGUGUGAGAUUAAGGGUGUGAUGAAUUUAAGGACAGCGUUGCCAAAUGUCACCAGUGUGCUCUUUCAUAUGAAAAGAGGUAGACUUUAGAAUCCACUCCACAAAACUCAUCUUUAUUGAGUAGUAAAAAAAGGUCUGUCUGUGGCUGGAUGCUCAUGCAAUCUAAAAGUUUAUAAUGUUCUGAUUGGCACUUGCUGUUUAAAAACACUAUCUGGUAUGUGAUAUAGUUUCUUGAGUAUGGACGGAUUGCUUCCUGUGACAUUCUUUUAGACAUUUGCCUGACCUCCAGAUGUUAUAUUUUAUUUUACUCCCUGAGAAAUUAAACUCUGAAAAUGGGCUUGAGUAUGGCAGUGUUACUAUUUUGGGACAUGAGUUCAAUAGCAUAUACGUCAAAUGGCAACUAUGGGAAUUGGCCCCAAGACGAACUCUUGCUGUGCUUGAUGUUGCUGUUCUCAGCAAGACAGGCAAGUUGCAAGACCAUUAGUGUCUUUGGACAAGACUCUGUGUCAAUAAGAAGGAACUUAUUUCUUAAAGACUGCUAAUAACUCGUUCUUGCGUAAAUUAAAUGGUUCAAAAGAAACAAAUGAAUAUAAAUAUUAUUUGGAGGUAAGAAACAGUUCCUCUGUUGUUUUUGUGCCACCUAGAAUGCAGUGUUGUCUAAUUCCUCAAUUUAAGUUGGUUCUUAAUCUUGGGAUUCCAAUAGCUGUGCUUAGCAGGAGGUCACAACUAUGGCUACAGCUUAUUAACUUUAGUCAUUCAAUAUGGACAUUGGUUUGUGAUAAUGCAACUUUAUACAUGUUCUGAUUGAGAUUUCAACACAGACAAUAAAGACAAUAAAGUUAUCAAUUUAGGUUUGGGCUAAUAUAACAUUGCACAAUAGGUUGCACUUUGCACACUUUUGUUAUGUUAUACCGUUUGAAUACCUCAGUUUGAAUACAGUUUGAAUACCUCUAAUAUAAAAAAAAUGAACAUGGUGUAACACUGGAAGGGAUGUAGCUUGCAAUGUACAUCAUUUUGUAGUAGUAUGUCACAAACAUUCCUUUUUUUUGUCUGUUCAUCCCCUUUCUGUUCUCCACCAAUUUCAUGUAAGAACACAUACAGAUAUAAUCAAUAGAAAACAUCACAAAUAAUUUUGUAAGGCAAUGACCAUAUUUCACCAUUCUACAGUGCAUUUUUUUCCAUUUAAGGGGCUUCAAAAACAGGGUGAAUCUUAGAUUCAAUGAUGCCUUAUAUUUGGCUUUUUUAAUCAGUAUUUUUCUAAGCGCCGAUUCCUGCUUCCGCUGUUCCCAAUGGGAUCAUAGACUUCUGCAGAAAGAUGACUUGCCUGUUUCUUCAGGCACCGACCUCACUGCACAGGAAAAAAUUGCACCACAAAGACACAUUGAAAUAAACAAAAAAGAUAUUGUGCGUGCUGAAGAAAUCCUAGAAGAACUUAUUUCCCCCUAAAACUGGAGCUUCGAAAAUGGGGUGUGCCUUAUAUUCAAUGCUGUCUUAGAUUCAGUGAAAUACAAGUCUUAAUAUUUUACUCUGGCAAUUGGUGUAAUGGUACCUGUAUGUUUAUCCUGGCGCCUUGGCACACUGCUUUAUGGUUUGAAUAUACAGUAGAGUCUCGGUUACCCAACGUAAAUGGGCCGGCAGAAUGUUGGAUAAGCGAAUAUGUUGGAUAAUAAGGAGAAAUUAAGGAAAAGCCUAUUAAACAUCAAAUUAGAUUAUGAUUUUACAAAUUAAGCACCAAAACAUUAUGUUAUACAACAAAUUUGACAGAAAAAGUAGUUCAAUACACAGUAAUGCUAUGUAGUAAUUACUGUAUUUACGAAUUUAGCACCAAAAUAUCACUAUGUAUUGAAAACAUUGACUACAAAAAUGUGUUGGAUAAGCGAGUGUUGGAUAAGUGAGACUCUACUGUAGUACUGAAGGUUUCUUACAUCAGCUUUUGCUGCUGCUGAAGACAAUACAUUUGCUGUUUGUGAAAGGGUCAGUUUUAUGGACGAGAUCAGGCAAGGACAACUGUGAAGGCAAUAGCAGCCCAAUUUCUGUCCUGGGACCCUCCAAUAGUUGCAUGAACUGCCAAAAUACCACAAAAUGUAAAGAAAGCCCAAACCACAUGUGUAUUUGAUGUGUAUUUCUGGUUCUAAACAGUACAACCCAUAUGUGCAGGGAGACUGUUCCAAGACACACACACACACACAUACACCCCGGUUAGCUGAAAUCAUGAAUAAUGAAUCCUAUAUUUUAACUGUACUUGGUCUGGAAAGAUGGAGGGCACUGAUAGGCUCAUGAAAUCUUGGAUAUUGAAAAGGUGGUUAUACUGUAGUAUUAUUAGCUGCAACUUGUUUUAAAAGUGAAUUGCCACUCUAGAUUGCUUCUAAGAUGCAGUUCAUCUCUUCCUUAGUUGACCAGAAGAAGAGAGAGCUUGAGAAAUUUGGAAAAUAUAAAAACAUGGCUUGGAUGGAGGAAGAUAAGAUCACGUUUCUCUUAAGGCUACAGUUAACAUAAAUGAUGCUACUAUCCAUAAAAGGGGUGUUCCUUGUGCUUAAAAAUGUUGAAACCUGGACUUCACUUGGUAUAGAAAUAGUCUCCUAUCUGAACUUUCCUUUUAAGCGUUUCUUACCUGUCUGCACAUAUCCAUGUCUUUGAGUCAAAAACAGUGCACAGUGAAAACAACAUGGAGGUAAUUUUAAGUAUCUAUAAAUAAAAAAAUCAAGGAAAAUACUAAAUGAAUCCCCUCUGUUGCGCUCUCUCUUUCUUAUUAAGAGUAAAUUCAUUGGUGUAUCCUAACAGUUGGUAAAUAUAUUCCAAAUGUAUAUUAGCCCACAAAUUCACUCACACAUAUAUGCAUUGCUGUUUCCUCUCAAAACAACCAAGAUGCGACUAGCUAGGAAUUUGUGUUUUGUGGUUCGCUGGGCUCUCAAUAUUAAAAACCCUUUAAAAAGUGUUAGAUGCCUGGGAUAAAGGGGUAACACUGAUUUAAUCAGAAACUACAUCAAAGUAUUCAGAAUACUUGUGCACUUAUCAGUAAGAAUGCCUUUUCUAGGUGGUGGAUUUUGUUACAAAAUAAUGGAACUUUUGAACUGGGAAUUGUGGUACAAUUCUCAGUUCAAUUUUCAGAAACAAAAUUGAGAAAGACAGAACUGCUGGAUAUAAGAAAAGAAUUCAUGUGAUGAAUUGUAUGGAGAGGAUGGCAUGGUUUAAAGCCAUAUUGUAAAUUAAUGGUUGUCUUGACUUAGAUCAGUGGUUCUAAAUCUGUGGGUCCCCAGGUGUUUUGGCCCACAACUCCCAGAAAUCCCAGCCAGUUGCCAGCUGUUAGGAUUUCUGGGAGUUGAAAGCCAAAACAUCUGGGGACCCACAGGUUGAGAACUAUUGACUAAGAUUUAAAAGGAGGCCUGAGGUCUGGAAAACCAAACUAUUAAAUCUAUUAAAGCUGCAUGCCUUAUAUACAAUUUAUAAUCAUCCAAGCAAGGGAAGAAAGUAUGAGCAGAAUGUUGCAUGCAGAUGAUCCUGGGAGAACCAUACAGAGAUGUGGUGUGAGGAGAUUUCCCAGGUUUCCAUUUUCUUUUCAGUUGGAAGAUCAAUGAUUGGCAAUAACAAAGUUGCCCUUUUGUAUGUCUCCUACUGUCCCAAUUGAGAAGGAAGGUGAUUCAGGGAAUCUCAAUGACUGUUCAGUAAUCAGAGAUAACAGCAGGAUUUUCUGAGCGUUUGGAAUAGUUCUGGGAAUGAACAUUGGCCUCCAGGACCACAAAGGUAUUCUUCUCAUUAAAGCCAAAUAUGUUCUAUUAGAAGCUAUCACUUAUUUGUCAGCUGAUUCCCAAAUUAGGCCAUGUUUGUUUGACUUGGUGGACAGUGUGUUCACAUGUGUACAAUUACGAAAUAUUUCCCAGUCUAAAUGUUCCAUAUAAUUUAAAAACAAGCCUUUGGGAAUGAGAGGUUUUGUCCCAGGCUGCUCUGUGCAGUUUUAUGUUUCCAUUGUAGAAAGGUUCUACCAUAGAAAACCACUGAAAAUGUUGCCGAACUACUUGCAUUAUGAAAUUAUAUAGUCAAUUCCACAUUUUCAUUGCAUAGCAUGUUUAAAUUGAUCUUAAAUUCUUCCAAAUACAUCUCCACUCUGAUAUAAACCCUAAUGAGUUAGGGUAUAUGAGAUUAGUAUUUUGUCAUAUAAUAGUUCUAAUCAGUUCCCUUUCAGGAACAUCCCUGCAAAAGAAUUUCCAAAAUGAUUUAGAAACUUUAAGAGGUUUUGUUUAUAUUUAAAAAUAACAGAUUCUGUAAUAAAUCUAUUGCUCCCAGUUAAUUCUAAAGACCUUUUAGCUGAGAAAAGUGUGUAUGAGAAAAAAAUUGUAAUAUUCAAGACUAUAUUCCCAUGAAUAAAUAUGAUUUCCACUAAGCAUAAGUCUGAUAACAUUUAAAUGCACUGCUUAUGCUUCUGGUGGGUUUGACUUUAUGUAAGCCACCCACAUAGUCAUCUGGCUUUUGGUACUAAUCUUGUUUUUUUAUUAUUGAAGCUGGUGCAGAAAUACACAGCACUAAGUUAAAUGCACCGGUAGUGCCCAUGACUGCAGAUUUUAUUAUUAUUUCUAGCUUCUAAUGUCUAGUUAAUAAAAUCUAAUACAAAAAAAGACUUUGAAACAUGUAUUUUGAUUAGAAAAAUAAGGACUUUAAUACUGAAUUUGGACUAAACCAUUGUGUGGGUGUGCAUGUGAGUGUUGAGGUGUUAUUAUGUGCAAAGUAAUCGGAUUGCAUAUUAAAGCUGCUGUCUCUACUGAGCCUUAAUAAAAAACAACACCAGCAAAAUACUGUUCUAAAUACUUGGGCAGAAGGUCUGCUGAAAUCUGUCCAGGUGCCAAAUGAUAGUAAAAGUCUCUUAGUUAAGCUAUAGUCAACCAGGUCUGACCGCACAAAUACUUGAAUAUGUUACCAUUCCUUAUGUAACCAAGACCAGUAUGUGUGUCUGGAUAACUGCAAACCCACCCUGCUAAGUAAAAGGAUCAUGGUAGUGUAUGACCCUGCCUAAAAUGAUAUAUUGGGAUAGUUUUGAAAGGCAGGAGGUUGCAAGGUCAUGGCAUAGUGCUGCUACUUUUUCUGGUUAACCUUGCAGUAGACAAAUUAAUUUGAAAUGCAGAAAAGAUUUUGAGAUUAUCUUGCAUUGGAUGGUACUGAAAGAACAGGCUGGAAAAUAUUUGUGCAUAUGUUUAAUAAGGAAAGAAAUCUGAAUGGGACAUGUUGCAUUUGAACAUCAGACUUCAGGUUCAGACUGUCUUUUAACAACAUCUAGAAUGCGCUUUUGUGUAUCUUAAUGCCGUAUUUUAGCUCUGCACCUUUUACAUCUACGUAUUUGUGUUUAAAUUCAGUUUACUGUCUUUUCAUAAGGUAACUCUCCCUCCCCCCCCCCCCCCCCCCCGUAAUUUCAAUAAUGGUUUGGUUUUUCCUUUUAAAAACUUUGCCAAUGUCCAAUUUAUAUGAAUUACUAUAGUGCAGUGAUGAUCAGAGAAUGACAAUUACUUCUUUUUCCUGAGAAGCUGUGCGUGCCCUGGUAUCUGUGCUAUGGCGUUUCCCUCAAAAUCCCUUGGAUGUUAAGAAUUCUGAGCAGAAAGGAAGAUCAUUGCUUUUUUUAAUUAAAAAAAUAGUGCUCUUCAAAUUGACACAUAAAGGUUUUAAUUUAGUGCUGCCAAUCAAUAAAUGCAUCCAUAUUUAACAUGAA